UAGGCAUUAUUCUCUGUUUAAGAGUGAAAAAUUUAGCAAAAUGGCAACUACUCCAGCUCGUUGUUUAUUGAGGAAUUUAAAUCCACAAUGUGGCUCGAAACUUUUGUAUCCUAUGAUAAUUUCUCGGAGAAAUGCUUCUUGGGAACCUGUUGAUGUUAUCACACAUACAGGACAAAAAUUUGAUCCCGAAGACAAAAGACUUGCUCGUUUUGUUGAUAGACCUAAAGAAGUUAAUGAACGUUGGGCCAUUAAUUUAAUAGAUGAAGUACCACCUGAGCCAAGACCUGAUCGUAUUGUGUCUUGCAAUGGUGGUGGUGGACCACUUGGACAUCCAAAAGUUUACAUAAACUUGGAUAAACCUGGUAAUCAUAUUUGUGGAUACUGUGGUCUACGUUUCUACAAAGAAGAUCAUCAUCACUAAUCUGGCAAAUACUUAUAGAGUAGUUUAAAUAAUAAAUAGUCAUCUAUGUAAAUAUCGAAAUCAUAUUUGUAUAAAAUUAUUUUCUUUUAUUUAAUAUAGCAAAAAUUUAUUAAACUCUCAA